AUGAGACAGGCUCCACGGCAGCAGGCUCUCGCAGCUUCCACUAUAAUCAAGCCUUCAAUUGCCGCCGGACGGUUCUUCUCAAUCUCACCAGCUCAUGCGGAGACGAAGUCGACAUCAACAUCGACGCCUACACCCACGAAACCUCACAUGAUUGACCCGAAAUGGCUUACCCUGACAAAGCGGAGGAUCGGAAGGUGUAUGAUGUUUGGACUGAAGCCGCCGCAGAUUCAGGAAGCGGGUGAUGUCUUACAGCAGAUCGCGAGGGAUUGGAGGGAGUUGGUUUCGGGCAGUGAGGGUUUUUUGACGAAUGAAACUGUUAGAGGGUUAUUCCAGCAUAAUGUGGCAUGGGGAGAGAUGCUAUAUUGUGCAUUGGCAUUAGGAUACUAUGGACAUGUCAACAACGUGAUGUACGUCAGAUACGCCGAGACAGCGAGAGUGAAUUUUAUGCGCAACUUCGCAACUCACAUGGAUCCGGCGAAUAAAAAGGCAUGGAUGAAUCUCGUUGGUUCGACCGGGAUUGGUCUCAUCCUUCGGAGCAUCAAGAUUGAUUACAAAUUCCCCAUGAAAUAUCCCGAUAAGAUCAGCGUUUAUCACAAACUAGUACAGGACCCAUCUUCUCAGGCUGAAAAGUCGGCCUUUGAGCUUCAAGUUGUCAUUCUUUCCGAGGCACAUCAACGACCGGCCGCACGCUGUCACGAGGAUAUUGUCACGUAUAACUAUCGAGAGGCAAAGAAGACACCCAUGCCUCGUUUCAUGAUGGAACAGUUCCAGAGGGCAUGGGCGUUGCAAGAAGAAGCAAAGAAGACCUGGCAGCAGAGAAUUCUGGAGAUUGAGGGCCGAGUACGGACCCUUGAGACUGACAGUUGGGAUCGUGAAGAUGCUGUCGAGGACACGGGAUCUACGAAGAAGUAG